AUGGCAAGAGGCAAAAAGACAAAGGCAGCCACGGCUUCUCAAAACGACAACAUGGUUGCGUCCAGACUUCGUUCUCAACCGGUACCAACGGAAGGUAAAGAUGAAUCGACACCCCCAGCUGAUACCACUCAACAAGACAAGAACGUUUCGCGAGAUCCUCAACUUGAGACGAUGGAACGUGAUUCCACACGUAAGCAGAUCCAAAUGACCUGUAGCUGUAUUAGCAAGCACAUCAAGGAAAGAGGAUCAAGAAGAGCCUGUCUAGGCUUACUCAACAAACUCGACGACAUGUUAGCCACUGCUGAAAGACUCAAUCUAUUGGUGGUACACCCGUCCGACGCUGACGAAUUCUCGAAGCAGGCUGAAAUCCAAAUCAACCUGUUCACGCUUAUCGAGUCGAAGAAAGAAGACGUGGAAGCUUAUGUCAACUUAAGAGCUGAUGACGAAUCUUCAGCUUUGUUCUGCAUGCAGUCAGUCAAGAGCGUACCACCGGCGACCCGUCACUUUGCACCGGAAAGGAAUGAGGAGACUCAGUCGGAGAAAUUGCUAGCUAAGGUGCAGAAAAGAGCGGCGGAGGCACAACAGGAGGCUGCCCAGAUGCAGGAGCGACUUGAAGAAGUAAAGAAGAAAGCCGAGCGGGCGACUAAGGAAGCAAGCAAACUAUCCGAUGCUGUCAUACGACGCGGUUCAGCGCCAACCAUCAAUAGCAGUCCAUUCCACGGUUGGGGACAGGGGGACGGAGCGAUCGACAAUUGGCGUCGCCGUUCUACUCACGAACCGACCAAAGAGGAUGGAGAGGAAGAAGCACCAGAUGAAUGGAUCGACCGGUACUGCAACGGCCAAGAAGAAGCCAAUUGGUCAUAUUCUAGCAAAACGGCAGCACGCGGAGAGCUUCCUAUCUAUUCCGGAAGGGCAAUUGACUGGUUUUGGGGGUCGGACCUGCUACGUUCGAUGGUUCAUGACCAACGAAUGGCACCUGGAGAAAAGCUAGCUAUCUUAAAGAGCAGACUACGAGGAGAUCAACUCGAAAUCGAGCAGGGCCUUGGCGGAGGGAAAUCUGCCUAUAAGGCCGCUCUAUCCCGGCUCAAGCAGUCGGCUGGACGUCGCGAAGUGAUGCGAAUAGCACUGCUCAGUGAACUCGAUCACAUGGAGCUGGGCAGAGAAAAUUCAUCAUUCCGUCGCUUUGCUGAAAGAGCUCGAACCAUCUUCUUCGAUUUAACCCGAAUUGGGGAGAAAUUUAAUGCCGACCUCAUCCAACGAUUGAGCCGUAAACUGCAUCCGGCGGAUCGACUUGAGUGGAAUUCCGGACGACGGACUGGAUUAGAACGGCGCCCCCUAAAGGAAUUUGGAGAGUGGAUGUGCGAAAGAGCUGCAGCGUAUCAAAAUGCCUACAGUCUAGCAGCAGAGCAAUUUUUGCCGUCUGGAGAGAACAAGUUGCCUCGCCGCCAACCAUUUCCAACAACAGGUUGCGCCAAUCACAUUAGCCUGGAGCCUGGCACUACAGACAAACCGAAGAGUCGCUGCUAUUGCUGUGAGGGGGAGCACCGGUUGAUGGCCUGCCCAACAUUCAAAGAAAUGCCUACGAUAGAAAAGGUACGGUUCUGCGUCAAGCGCCGCUUAUGCAUGAAAUGUUUCGGGACGAGACACUCUGCAGCCGAUUGCAAAUUUGGAAAGGGCUGUGGAGUCAACGGAUGUCAUUAUAUUCAUCACCCAUUGCUUCGUGAUCCUGGAGAGAAACACGCCAAUGGCAACAGCCAUCAUACAUCACUUUCAGCCCAGGUAGAUCGUGUCAAGGUGGCGCUAGGCGUUAUCUGGAUGGAAGCUUACACAGCGGAAGGCCAACUCAUUCCAGUAUCAGUGCUGAUAGACGAGGGCAGCGAUACGACGCUGUUUCGAGAGGACUUUCUCCAACGGCUUAAGAUCACCGGAAAAGGUACUACCCUAGAUCUCGUAGGAGUUACCGGUGCAGAACGCUACAAGUCGCAGAAAGCCCCGGUUCGAUUUCUUUUACCGGAUGGGGAGGAGGCCAUCAUCAAAGGAAAGACGAUCCCGCAGAUAUCUAGGCUGACUCCGAUUGACGUCUUAGUGGGCCUCGACCACUCAAAUCUACUUGCAGUAUUAGAAUCACGCGUCAGAGGUGAAUAUGAACCUUUCGCAUCUCGCACUAGACUCGGCUGGAUCGUCCGCGGCCUUCUUGGGAGUGACAUCGGACCGAUGACAACGGCCUACAUCCAUCAUCUCACAGCGACAUCCGAGUCCUCGCUCGAUACAGAGUUCAAGAAAUUUUGCACAACUGAAAAUUUCGGUACUGAAUUUAAAGGAGAUGGCCUCUCAGAAUCAGACAGAAUCGCCGAAAAGAUCGUUGAUGAAGGCCUGAAGAAACUCGACAUUGGGUAUGAAACCCCACUCACGUGGCUCAAAGGAGAGCCAACAUUUGAAAAUAACAGAAAGCUAGCUGAGCAUCGUUUGCAAGACCUGCGGGAACGAUUCAAGAGAGAUCCAGAUUUGGAGACUGAUUACAAAGCCGCGAUCAAGAAAUACGUCGACGAAGGCUAUGCAUCGCGUGUAGAAGAGGAAGACUUAUACUCGAACAACCAGUAUUACUUGCCACAUCACGGUGUCUACAAAAAAGUGAAUGGUAAAAAGAAAAAGAAGCUUCGAGUCGUCUUCGACGCCGCUGCAAAAUGGAAGAAGAAAUGCCUCAACGACGGAAUGCGACAGGGUCGAAAACUGCAAAACGACCUAGCCAAGGUCCUCAUUCGAUUCCAGCUGGGGGAGAUUGCCUUUGCAGCAGACGUGACUGCAAUGUACAGCAGGAUUCGACUUCGACCACAAGACGCUCGCUUUCAUCGAUUUCUCUGGCAAGAUCAAGAUUCUGACGUCAUUAUUACGUACCAAAUGGAUCGCUUGCCAUUUAAAUCAAAUUGUGCCCCAUUUCUCGCCCUAAAAGCCGUUCUCACAGCCGCUUCAGACGCCACUAGAGGGAGAGAAGAAUGCAUGGAGGCAGUGGAGAAGAAUAUGUAUAUGGAUGAUCUAUUAAAAGCAGUCGACAACGAAGGACAUCGUGAUUUAGCGUCGGAUUACAUCGAGAAGCUACUGGGAGCCUUCUACGAGCCAACGACAGACGAGAUGACGUACCGGGUGAUUGGAGUUGAAGAUCUUAAAUGGUCGCGCGCUGGAUUGCUGAGCAAGGUGGCGAGUAUCUACGACCCCCUAGGCCGAGCAGCACCAGCACUGGUAAAAGCAAAAAUUAAAUUGCGUGAACUAGGUACCAGAGGACUAAACUGGAACGAAGCCAUCAGCGGUGAUGACAAGGAGUGGUGGCAAAUCUGGUUCAAGACGCUGGAGAAACUCAAUGACUUUUCGAUGCCACGGAAUCUGCAACCGGACAAAGAAAAAAUCAUCCAGAGCGAUCUUCUAACCUUUGGAGAUGCAUCUGAAGAGGCCUAUGCAGCAGCCGUAUAUCUACGCAGUGUCUACGAGGAUGGCACAUCAAAAUGCAGAUUGGUGAUGGCCAAAACCAAACUGGCCCCUCGGCAGACACAGUCAAUUCCAAAGUUGGAGCUGAACGCAGCAGUUCUCGGUGCUCGACUGGCCACAUUCGUCGCAGACGCGCUACAAAUCUCUGGACUCAAUAGAAUUUUCUUCACUGAUUCCAGCACUACCAGGAACUGGAUACGAGCCGUCGCUUCACACUACAUGCCGUUCGUCAGCCAUAGAAACAGAGAGAUUCAGUAUCUCACCGACGCUAACGAGUGGCGUUUUAUCCCCGGGAAAUUGAACAUAGCAGAUGCUGCGACGCGGUCCCUAUUGACUGACGGAGAGCCGAUUCCACCAAGAUGGCUGGAAGGACCAUCUUUCAUCGCUUUACCAAUUGAGCAAUGGCCGAAGAAUUUGCCUUGGGUGGCAGUAGCAGCAGAGAAAAGAACUGCCCACAUCCACCACGCAAUUUCUGAGCUCUCCCUUCAUGAUUGGAGAAAAGUAGUCAUCGACUCGAAGAACAUCUCAACAUUCUUGAAGGUAGAAGGAGAUGCCAAGGAGACUAUAUUAAAGUGCCAAAAGGAAGGAUUCCGUGAAGAAAUCAGUCUACUAUCAAAGGGCAAGCAAAUCCCAAAAAGGUCAAGCCUCAUUCAAUUAACUCCUUUCUUAGACAAAGACGGAAUUCUCCGAUUGGGUGGACGGAUCCACUGCGCAAAGCUAUCAUAUGAGGUUUUGCACCCUCCAAUUUUGCCUGGGAAACACCCACUUGCAGAAAAGCUGGUGACAGCAGUGCAUCAGGAUUCACAUCAAGCAGGCACUGACUUUCUCCAUGCCAAAAUUAGGCAGCACCUUUGGAUCCUGUAA